AAGAAGCCGCGCAGUUCCAGGAAACCGAGGGCGGGCUCUGCGCCCGCUAUAAGAGGCCUCCCCGGGCGGCCCCGGCAGCUCCGCCGCCGACCGCCGCCGCACGCCGGCCCCGCCGCCGCCGAGACCGGCCCCGGCACCCGCGCCCAGGUGAUGGUGUAGCAGCCGCUGCUCCCGGCAGCAGCACCCCGAGCACGCAAAGCUGGCUCCCUGCGCCAUGGUCACCCACAGCAAGUUCCCCGCCACCGGGAUGAGCCACCCCCUCGACACCAGCCUGCGCCUCAAGACGUUCAGCUCCAAGAGCGAGUACCAGCUGGUGGUGAACACGGUGCGCAAGCUGCAGGAGAGCGGCUUCUACUGGAGCACGGUGACGGGCGGCGAGGCCAACCUGCUGCUGAGCACAGAGCCGGCCGGCACCUUCCUCAUCAGGGACAGCUCGGACCAGCGGCACUUCUUCACCCUCAGUGUCAAGACGGAGUCGGGCACCAAGAACCUGCGCAUCCAGUGCGAGGGCGGCAGCUUCUCCCUGCAGAGCGACCCUCGCAGCAGCCAGCCCAUGCCCCGCUUCGACUGCGUGCUCAAGCUGGUACAUCACUACAUGCCGCCUGCGCCGUGUACUGUCCCCGAGCAGCCGGGGGGAGACCUGCACCCCAAACGCACCUACUACAUCUACUCGGGAGGUGAGAAGAUCCCCCUGGUGCUGAGCCGCCCACUGUCCUCCAGUGUCUCCACCCUGCAGCACCUCUGCCGCAAGACUGUCAACGGGCACCUGGACUCCUACGAGAAGAUGACUCAGCUGCCAGCUCCCAUCAAGGAGUUCCUGGACCAGUACGACGCCCCCCUCUAAGGGGCUGGUGGAGCGAGGUUACACGCUACAAGCACAAGAGCAGGGGACAGGCACAACCUCCCGCCAGCACGGGGACUCGCAGGGCACACCGAGCCUCUCCCUCUGGGAAGGAGUGGGGGGGACUGGGGCAAGCCUUGGUGCUGGGGGACCCCCCGAGGAGGUGCGACACCCCCUCUCCGCAGGGAGGAGACUGCUCUGGUUGGACCGUGGAUGUUAUAGUGUGGAGACCUCCCCGUCACAGCCGGGGAGAGCCCGUGGGCAAAGGCCCCGCAGGCUUGGGCAGCCGGGAUGGCACCCGCAGCACGGGAGGACACGUGCCCCGUCAGCCAUGUCCCUACCGUGGGACCACGCCUGGGGUGUCCUGGCGACAGCCCCUCUGCCACCAGAGAACGGAAAGAAAGCACUGGAGUCCAGCUCAUGCCUGAUCGCUUUUCCUCCGUUUUAAGGGGAAAGUGUUUUUUGCCCAUACCGUACUUUACCUCUUGCUGCCUCCUUGUGGGUGGAAGCUCCUUUCACACCGGGCCUCAGACUUGGAGGUCACUGCCUUUUUCCCCUCGUUGCCAUUUUCCGGGGGACUAAGCCUUAAUACUCUCCCUGCCCCAUGGUCUGGGUUACUGUACAUCAUUUGGUGACACUGCGCGAUAACGGUCCUGGUGCUGCAGAGCCAGAGGGGAAACAGCGUGUCCUGAUGCUGCUGAGAGUCCCGAGUGACCACGUCUGCAAGGAGCACCCCCGGGCGCCGGUGCUGCCGCCGGACCUCCCCGGCGGCUCCCGCAGGCCCCGGCGCACGGCUGCCAGGCAGGAGGACCCCGGAGCGCGUCAUCUCACGAGUGAUUUCUGCGUCCGCCUGGAGAAGCGCUUGGGCUUUCCUGGCUUUUUUAAAUUCUAUUUUCUUUUUUAACCAAAGAGAUGUUUACAGGCCAACGUGAAUCACUGUCUUUUAUAAAGAUCCAUCGUCACCUCCAGCCUCGAGGGCUGAGCAAAACCAUGCUUGAAAAUUCAACCAAAACAAAACUCAGAUGAAACUUUGCACAUAUUUAUAUUUAUAUUCAGAAAGGAAAUGUUUCCGUAAUUUAUAAUAAAGAGCACUAUUUUUUAAUGAAAA